AUGCCAGCUCUCGAAAACUACGACAUUUUUCUCGAUCUCACCAAUGACAUGCAUGAUCCAGUCUCCAUCCAACUUCUGAGAGACUAUGACAGACAAACCGGCCGCGUUGUUUUGCUCCAUCCUACAGAGAGUCUUACCCUCAUCCUCGAAUCGGGAUCCUCUUACCAAUAUGCAGUCAAAUUUCGCACCAAAGUGGCCAAUGUGACGGCAAAGUCUUGGAAGGAUAUAACCUGUUCCAUCUCCCAACUAUUUACGGGAAGCCCAACGUCUGACUCUUUGACAUCGUCGGUUUCGUCAGCUGUGAGCGGCGUAAGAGUAGAUCGCUUGUGGAGGGACCAUCGAUUUAGCAUAUGGAACGAGGCCUAG